AUGCAGGACGUUCGAGGUAGCCGUCCAGACUCAGACUCACUGCCUCCUGAAUGGGCUCCUGCACCAGAAGCUUCUUACACCCACGGUCAUUACAACGAAGCAACGGAUCAGGAAUAUCAAGAUGGCAUAUCGUUCUGCCUGGAACACCCACUGUAUCCAGCCUCUCUUGUUCCCUCCCGCUUCGUCGAUAAAAUCAAACUAGAGGGUGCUAAAGUAUGGGGCUUGGAGAUACCCCAGGAUCAGUAUAGAUUCUCUGGAAGAGUGAAUAACAUACCGCCAGACAGUAAAGGGCAGAACGUGGUCCAUGUCACAACAGAGAAGCACUGUAAAGACUAUUGCUUGUUAAGCAAUCUGCCUAUUGUUGCAGGCCUGUAUGACACGUCUGGACGAGAAGGCGUGUAUUAUGAGGUGAUAAUCCAUGAGAUGAACCCCCCACGGAGCUUCCUAGCGAUUGGGACUUCCUGCCGACCAUACCCCACCUUUCGUCUUCCAGGCUGGAAUCGUCAAUCGACUGGAUGGCACCUAGAUGAUCUGCGCAAGUUUUUCGAAGACUCUGAUGGUGGUCGCGACUUCACAGAUGAUGGGGGAAAGCUGUCUCUUCCCUGGAACCCCAAAAAUCGCAGCGAACAGUAUAUUCCACUUGGAUCCACCAUUGGAUGCGGGUACAUAUUUCAAACCGGCUCGAUUUUUUUCACAUACAACGGUUUGCGUCUCCCGAAUGCUUUUGAUGGGGCCCACCUUCCUCGCCGUGAGCGAGAUGUCUUCGCUGCGAUUGGAGUUUCUGGAAAGACACGAUUCGACGUGAAUUUCGGAGGCGAGCCCUUCCGCUGGAUGCCAGGGAAUACUUGGCAGUGGAGAGUUGAAAGACUUAUUGGGAGCCUGCACGCCAUCGAUGAUAGCAGUACUAGCGGAGAUGGAGAUGACCUACCUGCUUAUUCUCGCUAA